CAGAGCGGCGCUGCAGCGUGGACUGGCAUUUCGCACCGGAGGAGUUUUUAAAGUUCCUAAAACUCUACACGGGGGCGUUCGCGUUAGUGUCUUUUGCAUGGUGGCCUUUUAACAGACUUUGAUUUGGAUUUCUGAUGCUGUUAGAUCAUUAUUAAGCUCAGAAAAGCGAUCGUUUUAGCUGGGAACUCCUGCAUGGUCGCUCGCUUAGCUCACGUUAGCCGCUGGAAGCUACUUCGAGGCUAAAGCGAGCUACAGCGAGGUCCACAGCUGCUUUCCAACAAGUGCAUUGAGGAACUUUUAGAUGUGGUCAUAUCUUGAGAUUUUCUUUGUUUUUCUCUUGGAUAAAAGGACCAAAAGUUCACACUGGAUUUAACAGAAGAGCGAGCACAGCAAAAGCAGCAUGUCCGCAGACGUAGAGAGCAAUCCGGGCGAGUGUGGUUUGACAGCCGCGGUGAGCCCGAGCACUGGAGCGGAGGACGGUGACCAAAACAAGCCCGGACCUGCGAAAGAACUGGACAAACAGGCUCAGAAAAGCACAGACACCCCGCAGCAAGGAGAUGAAGCGAAGACCCCAAAGAAAAGUAAUGAAAACGACAAGGAAAACGAGCAAAACGGAGCAGACACGAGUGAAAGCGUCAAGCGUAAAAUCGUGGAAGCUCCUCCGCCUAAAGUGAACCCAUGGACGAAGAGGACCACAGGACGCGUCCCUAUAAAUAAUAUCACCUCCAGCAGUCAAGAGAAAGAUCAACAGAACGCUCUCAAAGUGGUCAGAGCUGCAAAGCCACGGACGAGAAAAUCUAGCAAGUCGAGUGAUUUCAGUGACAUCACGAACUGGCCCACGCCUGGAGAACUCGCCAAAGAGCAGAACGUUGUGAACAGCACCAGCAACAGUAAAAAGCCUCAGUCAAACCGGAGAGAGCGAGGAGAGAGAGAAAAGAGGAGAGAGAGACCUGACAGAAGGUCUGAGAGCAGCCACGACGGAGGAGAGAGCAAAGAGAACCAGGAAGUACAGGCCUCGGAGACGGGAUCCAAAGAGCCCGAGAGGGGAACCAAAGAACAGGAGGACAAACCGGGGACCGAAAAGAGCAACUCACUGAAGAAGAGAGGAGGAAACAAACGUAAGUGGGUCUCUCUGCCGCUGGAGGAGGCGUCCCGGGACGAGGGCGCCAAGUCGGCUGACGAAUCACAUGACCCCGCCUCGCCCAAUCACACGCCGCCGCUGUCGUCCAGUAGUAACAGGCAGCAUGAUAGCAGCCGGAGUUGGAGGAGAGACCCUCGUGAUUUCACAGACGAUUCAAGCGUUCGGAGUGAAAAUGGUGUAAGAGGAGGACUGAGAGGGCGAGGCAAAGGACGAGGGAGAGGAAGGGGCCGUGGCAGAGGUCGAUAUGAGUUUGGUUUCCAGGAUUCGUCGGACGGUUCUGUUCAGGUCCCUUCAGAGUUUGGGACUAAUAUGGUUUAUUACUAUGACGACGGGAACAAAGUCCAGAUGUACACAGUGGACGAGAAACUGCUCAAGGAGUAUAUCAAACGGCAGAUCGAGUAUUACUUCAGCCUUCAUAAUCUGGAGCGAGACUUUUUCCUCCGGAGGAAAAUGGACGCUCAGGGAUUUUUACCCAUUUCUCUCAUCGCGAGUUUCCACCGAGUCCAGGCCCUGACCACAGACCUCAACCUCAUUAUAGAGGCGCUGAAGAGCAGCUCAGAGGUGGAGCUGGUGGAGGAUAAAGUUCGGUGUAAAACAGACCCAGAGCGCUGGCCCAUCGCGAUGCCUUCAGUCGUGGGCUCCCCCAGGACGGACUUCUCCCAACUCAUCCACUGCCCGGAGUUUGUGCCCAGGCAAAGCAUCACCGCCAAUACAGCCUCAUCGCCUUCGACCGAGAUCCCGCUGGAUUCUUCAAAACCCGUCCCGGAUUCUUCAGAGACUGACGGAGCGGAUCAGGAGCAAAAACCAGAGGAAGUCCCCAAACCGGACCCUGACGCCUGGAUCCAGGUCGAGAAACGCCAUAGACACUACUCCGGGAAGAACAAGCCUGAUGAAGUCUGCCCUGUCUCCUCUCCUCCUCCUCCUCCUCCUCCUUCACCUCCACCUCCGCUUGACUGUGUCCUGUCUACAGAGCGCAGUGACCCGCCCUCAAACCCCCCGCUGCAGCCGGAGCCGGACCAGGAGGAGCUGGACUUCCUGUUUGACGAGGAAAUGGAGCAGAUGGCGCCGAGGAAAAACCGGUUCACGGAUUGGUCGGACGAGGAUUCGGACUACGAGCUGGACGACACGGACGUGGACAAACUCCUGAUCGUGACCCAGACGCCGCCAUACCUGCGCAAACACCCGAGCGGGGAUCGAACCGGCAACCACGAGUCCAGAGCCAAGAUCACCGCAGACCUGGCCAAAGCGAUCAACGACGGGCUGUACUAUUACGAGCAGGAUCUGUGGAAGGGAGAGGAGCAAAUAGAGACCACAAAGGAAUCUGAGAGUUUUAAGAAGCUGAAUAUGAUCAGUCAGGAUGAGUUUGACACACUGACGCCCAAACCACCUGUCGACUCCAACCAGGAAAUCCCGCCUCUUCCACAGCCUGUGGACAGUGGAGUGGAUCUGUCGCGCUCUUUGCCUAAAACAGUCCCUGAGUCUCCGAGCGCUCACACGCCCCGCACCCCUCGAACGCCACGCACGCCCGGCCGCUGUGACCCGAACAAGACCCCCAGGUUUUACCCCGUCAUCAAGGAGAGCGGGUACAUCGACGGACAGACGCCUCGCAAGAAGAAAACUCGUCAUAGCUCAAACCCUCCACUGGAGGCGCACAUCGGCUGGGUCCUGGACUCCAGAGAGCACCGGCCGCGAUCCGCCUCUAUAAGCAGUUCAAACGCCUCCCCCUCUGAGGGCGCUCCGAUCUCGGGCUCGUACGGCUGCACGCCUCAGUCUUUCCCAAAGUUCUGGCACCCGUCUCACGAACUGCUCCGAGACAAUGGCUUCACACAGCAGGGCUACCACAAGUACAGAAGACGCUGCCUCAACGAGAGGAAACGGUUGGGGGCGGGCCUCUCUCAGGAGAUGAACACUCUGUUUCGGUUUUGGUCGUUUUUCCUUCGAGACAAUUUCAACAGAAAAAUGUACGAGGAGUUUAAACAGUAUGCCCUGGAGGACGCCAAGGACAACUACAGGUACGGGCUGGAGUGCCUGUUCAGAUAUUACAGCUACGGUUUGGAGCGAAGAUUCAGACUCGAUCUGUUCAAGGAUUUCCAGGAAGAGACGCUCAGGGAUUUUGAGAAAGGUCAGCUGUACGGACUGGAGAAGUUUUGGGCCUUUUUGAAAUAUUCUAAAAUCAAGAACCAGACGAUCGACCCCAAACUGCAGGAGCAUCUGUCCAAGUUCAAAAACCUGGAGGACUUCAGGGUCAUGCCCCCGUUGGGAGAGGAGGGCGGGCGCAGGAGACGGACCUCAUCUUCGGCUGGAGACGAGUCCAGACGGAGACGACACAACUCCAACAGCGGCUCCAAACCCGCUCCAAAACCUUCCACCGCCAACAACCAGCCGACCUCCAGCCCCACGCCUCCCGCCUCCUCCACCGCCCCCUCCACCGCCCCCUCCUCCGCCGCCUCCACCGCCCUGAGAGAGAGCCCUGCCCCGGGGAAGGAACCAGCCAAAGACCCCGCCCCCAAACCAACCUCCACUCAGGCCAAGAAAACCGAUUCUACCAACGAUAAGAAGAAGGACGCAAAAAAGUGAACGUAACUAGCUCAGAUUCUGAGGAGAGUGAAAUCAAAAUUGGUCCCGUAUUUUUAGCGAGGUUUGGGAAUGAAUGUACCACAAAAGGACAACAGACAGAACCAGCUAAAAUGUUUUGGGAUAGAAUUGGAUUAAAAAUAAAAAUAAUGGCAACCACUGAUUUUAGAAGAAAGAUGCCAAGAAGUGAACGGAACUAGCUCAGAUUUUAAAGAGAGAAAUCAAAACGUGUGCUGUAUUUUUAGCCAGGUUUGUGAAUGAAUGUAACACAAAGAAGGACUACAGAAAGAACCAGAUAAAAGGUUUUGGAGUAGAAUUGGAUCAAAAACAAAAAAAUGCAACCCCUGAUUAUAGAUUUUGUUUGGGAAAGCGGAGAAGGUCAAUCAUCCAGACAUUUGAACCGAAAUAUCAUGUAAUUUAAUUGGUUCAAAAAUUCGAAAUGGCUACCGUUGUUUUUAGAAGGUUUGAGAAAGAUCAGCAUUAAAAGUUUAAAAGAAAAGAAUAUUAUUUGCGAUUAGAGCGAUGAAAAAAAUUGAGAAAAAAAUAUUUUAAUGGAAUAUACCCCCAAAAGAAGAGAACUGGCCUGUUCUGGGGUAGUAUUGGCGGGGAAAAAAGUGUUUAGAAUACUUACAGUGUGAAUAAAAUGGAAUCUAAUCUGUUAUUAUGAGAAAAAUGACAAGCAAUUAGCCAACUGUUUGUAAUACAACAGAAAUCAAAAUGUCUGCCAAGUUUCUGUCAGUGUUUUGGGAAUGAAGAGAAGAGACAAUAUGCAAAUACAAAACUGAACCCUGGCUAUAGUUGUGCCAUAAGUUUGAAAAGUGUUUAAAAAACAAAACAAAAUGGCUUCCACUGUUUUUAAAUGACUUGAGAUAUUUCGUAGAUUCAUCAUUUUUAGCAUUUCAUUUGAAACCUCUACGAAAACGUUUACAGCUGAAAAUGCAUUCCCUGCAUUUUACCGUCUCUUUGGUGCCAAACAAAAUGUGACACGUGCCUUAAGUUUUAACACAUUUUCCCAUGGUUUUCUUUUAAGUUUUUCUUUUUUUUUCUGUUUUGGUAGUUUGUUCCCAUGACAAUCAGAGCAGAGUAUUUUCGAGUUGUGGCAGAUUCGCCCUUAGGUUGAACUCAAACUGUCAGAUGUUUCUUAAUUAAAAUCCCACAUCGAUCAUUGAGUUUAUUCAGUCUGGGAGAGCAGUUUUGAAGCUGUAUUAUGGAAUAUUUACAGUAAAAUUGAAUGGUACUCUUGUAAUGGUAGAUCUGCUCUGAACGUUUGCGGUCUAUGUCAUUUGUUCAUUCAUUUUUUUAAACUUUAUGGGCCUGAGUCAAUCUGAGAAAAACCCUAUACUUGCAUUUAUGUACGAAUCUAUUGGAAAAUGUUUUGUUAAUUCACAAUAUAUAUGAAGUUUUAGUACCUGUGAAUUAGUUUUUAUUUCAUUUUUAGCGACAGAAAUCAAAAUUUUAAAAUGUUUGAAAAGUUUGCAGUUUCAGAAUUUUCUCGACAAAUAUUUUCUAAGUUUAAGAUGCCAAUUUUGCCACAAACUAGUAAUUUACAAAACAUUUCAACUAUAAAUUGCACAGUGGAAUAUUGAAAUCAUGGAGAGAUUAAAUGUGCCUACUGUCACGCAAAGGUUUUUACUACAGAUUUAAGACAGAUGCCCUCCCUAAUCCCUCGUAGAUAAAUCAAGUAUUGCUUCUUUUCUAUAAUUUUACAGUCAUCUCCAAAUACAUUAUUAACACACUGCCAACUUGAAAAAAAGCUCUUAAAAUGUCCACAUUAUGUUUUAGUCCCAAAACAAAACUAUAAUUUAUUGCUGUUUUUACCAUUGAGUUUUGAUGAUUUGAUGCAAUAGUCUUAGAUAAUCAUUGUGUUUUAAUUUUGUUGUAAUGAGCUGUUGGGUUUGUGUGUGCUUUAGCUACGCAUUAUAUUUUAGCUUGUAUUAAGUUUUGAGGCUUCUAUUUUCGUGCUUUUAGGGCACUUAAUUUCUUUAUCGAAUAUGAAUUUUAAAAGGUUUUAGCGAUUUAAAGUUUUAAAAAAUGUACAUAAAAAUCAUUUGCUAUAUACGAUUAUAUUCUCGAUUUUGGAAAAGUUUUAUCAGUAGUAUUUUGGUUUUAUUUUGAGUGAAUUUUAGGAUCUUGUAUUGAUGCAUGUUGGAUAAUUGUAAAAAUAAAAAAGCAAAAAAACCUA